GAUCCCCUCCUGUAGUCGUGACGUCAUGCGUUCUUGCGCUAGAAGCUGCUGAAAGUAGGCAAGAAGUGAAAGAAGGGAAGAGACUUUCACGCUGGUUCACCUAUCAACUGUAUAGGGAGUAAUCACAUAAUCUUUGAAAAAUGGCAGCCUCCAGCCGGUCACAAGUGUUGUCUCUCUACAAGAUUAUGCUAAGAGAAAGCCAGAGGUUCAAUUCUUACAAUUACAGGACAUAUGCCAUUAGAAGAAUCAGAGAUGCUUUUAGAGAAAAGAAAAAUGUUGAUGAUUUUCAUGAAAUAGAAACUUUGCUUCACCGUGCGAAAGAAAACUUGAGCGUCAUUCAGCGUCAGGUCACCAUCGGUCAGAUGUAUGCCACACAGAAGCUGGUCAUUGAAUCUUCAGAACAGCAGUGACACUGGGACGAGAGCUAUGGAAGCCAAAUAAAUGAGCCUUCUUAAGUAUAGAUGUUACAUGUCGGUGUUGUUUUAUUUAGCAUAAAACGUUAGGGUAAUGGCACUGGGUGGUUUCUAGCAUUUUGUUGCCUUACCAGGAGCUUGCCUUCUUGAGUGAUACAGACUAGCCACCAGACAGGUAUUUUUGCUUCAAAUGGGGGUGACUUCUAGUGUUUAGGUCACCACUGUUUUGGGGGCAAGAAAUUACCUAAUGUGCCCUUACUCUUAAAGGCAAACUAUUGUGACUCUUUGCAUCAAGCUAUUGAAAAUCUCUAAAUGUAAUAUAUUAAACUGUUUAUACCCUUUUUAAAA